AUGUGUGGGAGUAUGGACAGCGUCCUGGUUGACAUGGAAGCAGAUGGAAUCGUAAGGACCGUAUUCGGAUGCCUCAUGGUCAUGAAAGCCAGUUUUGUGGCCUUGGCAAACCUGUCUGAAGAGAUAGGAAAAUUAAAGGUACAAUCAAACAUCGCAAAGGACAACAUGUCUUCUUACAGAACAACGUAUAUUGUGCAAUCUCUGGGUGCGUCGUCCCAGGGUCAAAAACAGUGCGUACGAGGAGUGGCAAAAAUGCUCCCGACUGCGGAUAUUACCAACAGGCCCUCAGGGGCAGAUCAGGAUGACAGUAAAGAACCAUGA